CUCAGAAUAAAUCUUGGAACAGACAGAGAGUUUGUACAGCCCUGAUGGUUCACUCCCCUGCGUAUGAACACCAAGAGCUUUCUCCACAAACCCCAGCAAUUGCCCCGGCUAACGUGAGCACGACCGCCGAGGUGUUUCCAACCACCGACACCGGGGCGUUUGGACAUCAAGGCUUCCAUAUCCGAAAAGGACCUCCUCAACUACACAAUCAAACGUAACAUCUUUAGAUACUCAUCAGCAACACAACGAAGCAAUUCAACGCAAACGAUUUCAACUGCACAAUCAUGGCCACCGUCGCUCAACCCAUUCCCUUCAUAAUCAAAGGCAAGACCGCCUUGAUCACCGGCGCAGGCUCAGGCAUCAACUACUGCUUCGCCAAAGCGCUCGUCGAUCGAGGAUGCAACGUCCUCAUCGCCGACUUGUCACUUCGCCCAGAGGCGCAGAAGCUCGUCGACGACAACCAAUCUAAGCCCCGCGUGGCGUUCGUCAAGACCGACGUGCGUCUGUGGGAUGAUCUGAGCAACAUGUUCGAUGUGGCUGACAAGGAGUUUGGCGGCGCUGAUAUCGUCUGUCCUGGCGCCGGCGUCUUCGAACCCCACUGGUCCAACUACUGGCUUCCCCCGGGCCACGAGAAGUCCAAAGACGACCCGCACGGCAGAUCCCCGAGCGGCGUAGGCAGCUAUGCCACCCUAGACAUCAACAUCACGCACCCCAUCCGCACGACGCAGCUCGCCGUCUCGCGCUGGCUGAACCCCGCGCCAACCAGCAAAACAGGCAAAGCAGCUCCCACCAACCCCAAGCGCGUCGUCGCCAUCUCCUCCAUUGCAGGGCAGAGGCCGGGCUUCCCUUUCCCGCUGUACAUUGCAUCGAAGCAUGCCAUCUCUGGCUUCGUGCGCAGUAUGGCGCCGCUGGAGGCUGCGUACGGUAUUAAGGUUAAUGGUGUUGCGCCGGGGUUGAUCAAGACGCCGCUGUGGACGGAUCACCCGGAGAAGAUCAAGACUAUCGACGAGGAGCUCGAUUCGUGGACGACGCCGGAGGAGGUGGCGGCGCAGAUGGUGCGGUGUCUCGAGGACGAGGCAAUUGGAGCGGGCGUGAUCUGGGAGGUGUUGCAGGGGAAGUACCGCGUGGUGGAUUGGAAGGAUGUCAAGGCUCCUGAGGGGCCGGGGAGCGGGAUUGCGAAUGCGAAGAUGCUGUCGGAUGAGGUGUUUGAGUGGCUGAAGGAGCCUGGCUGGGGCGCGGUUAAGAAGUGAGGGAU